AUGACUAUGCAGGAUCUACUUGUGUGCUGUGGAGCUGCAGAAGGUUUCAUCGAGAAGUCGGUGAAUUUGGGACAAAAUGUGACUCUAAAGUGUGAGGUGUCUGUAAGAGAUGUGUUCUGGUACCUGAUGAAGCCGUCAGAACCUCCAGUUUAUAUAUUACGCUCUUACUCAAGGCUGUCCCUGAGGGCAGACUACAGUAACACAACCUUCAGCAAGACUUUCUCACUGCAAUAUAACAGCAGUUUAUUUAUUCACAAUAUCAGUACUAAUGAAUUAGGAGUGUAUUAUUGUAUUCAGACUGGGUCACCUCCCAACAUCAGCAGUGGAAUCAGACUUUACAUCCAGAGUCACUCAGCUGAGAAUCAGACUCAGACAGUUGAUGAAGAUGAAAGGAUAAGACUCUGGAGAAAUCUCUUCAUCAUGUCGGGAAUGAUGAACUGUGUUGCAGUCGUUGCAGUAACAGCCUUGAUUGUAAGCUGCUGUGGACAAACCAGAUCUCCCAAAUGUGACGUGAAGCUUCAGGAAGUCAGUGGAUUGCAGAGUUGGUUUCCAAAAGGGCUUCAUGAAAGCAGCUACACUGUGGUGGAGUUUGUUCCGUUUUACCCUGAGAUGUGA